AUUCUAGUUGACAAGUAGACACCACCCGACCACGGUAAAGCUACUCCUACAUUCGGGAACCAGGCUAGCAGUAAUUAUAUUUUGUUUUUGUCUGAGUGUUGGAAACUAAUUCACUAAUUUCGUUUAGGGUUGGGUAGCUAUCUGCAGCACCAUUUGCUGACACUGCAAGGUGGGGGAUUUGGCUAUUGAGAUUAGAUACUCGAGACGCAAUUGUUUGUUUUUGAGCCGAGUAACGUAAUGGACACAAAGAACCGAAGAUGAAGUGACUGUCACCCGAGGGACCAUGCUGGCCACAAAGAGACGAGAGAUGUCACCGACAUGAACGUGCAAGCGGUGCAGAAAUAAGCUGAGGGAUGACAUCGCUGGCUGUCGGCGUGGUCCUCUGCCUAACAGGCUGGAUCACUCUCUACACCCUACUGUGUAGCACCAGUGGCAGCCAUGGCUCUGAGUGGAACUGUAGGCUGGUCACACUGCUCCAUGGAAUCUUUGCAGUCUGUAUAACAGCCUACAUAGGCUAUGUGGAUGGACCUUGGCCCUUCACACAUCCUGGCACAAAGAACACUCCCCUUCAGAUCACUGCUAUGGUCAUUAGCCUGGGCUACUUCAUCUUCGAUAUGGGCUGGUGUGUUUACUUCAGCACAGAGGGCCCGGUGAUGCUGGCUCACCACACCAUGAGCAUCCUGGGUAUCUUGUUGACCCUGAGCUUGGGGGAAUCGGGCAUCGAGUCCUGCGCCGUACUCUUUGGCAGUGAGAUCACCAACCCCCUUCUGCAAGCUCGCUGGUUCCUGAGACAGUUGGGACGCUAUGAGAGCCUGACAGGGGAGGCGGUGGAUGUUCUGUUUGUAGUGCUAUUUGUGUUUAUGCGCAUAGUGGUUGGCGGAAGGAUGUUGUACUGCGAGCUCAUCUCCACACGGCCCAGGUUCAUUAUAAAGUGUGGGGGAGUUGCCAUGUAUGUGCUGUCUUGGGUGUUCAUGGUGGACAUUGGUCGUUUCGUCUACCGCAAGAGUCAAUCCAAAUACAGACGCUGGCGAGACCAACACAGAUUGGAAACAGUUAACAGACAUGAUGGAAAGACAGACUGA